AUGUGCAUCAACAGGCCCGCAUGCCUCCUCGACACGCAGAAGCUCGUUGACCGGGUCGCAGCGCUUAGUCGCUUUAUCUCCCAACUCGGCGACAAGGUCAUGCCUCUCUAUCACCUCUUGAAGAAGUCUGAUUCCUUCGAGUGGACGGCUGAAGCACAAAUCACCCUCGAAGCCCUUAAAGGGGCCCUCCAAAAUGAUCCCAUCCUCGCCGCUCCAUUUCCAAAGGAGCCCAUGCUCCUCUACAUCGCCGCGUCAAAUCGCGCCAUGAACGCGGUCAUGGUUGUCGAGCGUAAGGAAGAAGGCAAGGAGCAACUCGUACAACGUCUGGUGUAUUACAUCAGUCAAGUACUCACUAAGUCGAAGCAACGGUACCCACACUACCAGAAGCUGGUCUACUCCGUGUUCAGGCCCAGCAGCGGCUGGCCCGUACUUCCACGAGCACCUCAUCAAGGUCGUCGCUUCGACCCCGCUGUCUGA